UUGAGGGUCACAGCACAGAAAAUGUGGUAGGGUUAUACCCUUACUGUGACAAGUAUGGCUUCUUUAUUUGUGACAGGCAGGGCUGGUGGGCUGCCAAGGAGGGUGCAGCAGAUGUGAUGGGUGUCACGGGGCAACAGGAGAGAUAAGACCAACAAGAUGUGACAUGUCUCCUUUUCCCUCCUUGGCUGCCACACAGAGCCCCAGUGCCAAGUUCACGAAGAAGAAGCCGCUACCUUCCAUUUCAUCCAAGUCCAGCAUGUCCCAUCUCUCCAACCCCUGGUACGAGGAGCUCAUCAAUUUCUUGGUUGAGCAGGCAGUCUCCUUGCUCAUCUGCAAGUACAAGUUUGAGAACAACCUCAAUAAGCAGCUUGGCUUCAUCUCCUUCCCAGUCACUGAGACACUCAUGGACCUUUUCCUGGGUUUCAAGAAGGUGAAGGGUUCCCAUAUCCGCCUGUCCUCAAAGAUUGACUGGAGCUGCCUGCUGCACAAACUGGAGGAGGACCAUUUGGUACAGCAGGCCUCAAGGCAGGCCUCGAGGCUGGGAGCCCACCAUCCCAGUGGCACCUCCCAGCUUGGUGCUUCCCAGGUCAGUGCCUCCCACCAUCUUGGCCCCUCCCGGCACAACAUAGUGCCCCUCACUGCACAACCCACCAUGCAACCUGAGUCAGUAACUGACGAGGACCAGGCCCAGGACCAGGACCAGGCCAUGGAACCUGGCCCUUCCCUCAACACUGAGCUGUCAAUCCAGCAGCUACACAGCACUCAGGAGCCUACUACAGAAGAGGGGAAGAUACCCACAAGCCUAUCAGAGCCCAAGCUGUCUGUGUCAUCCACCGCCAGCAUAGAUUUCAGUCCUCUCAAGUCCAAGGAAAUGGUGAACAUUGAGGACACUAACAGCAGUGGCGAGGACAAGGAUAAGGGCAGUGAUGAGGACAAGGACAAGGUUAAGGGCAGUGAUGAGGACAAGGCCGAGGAUGAGGGCAGUGAUGAGGACAAGUAUGAUUAUGAGGGCAGCGAUGAGGACAAGUAUGAGUAUGAGGGCAGUGAUGAGGACAAGUAUGAGUAUGAUGGCAGUGAUGAGGAUGAGGGCAGUUAUGAGGACAAGGAUGAGGAUGAACACUACUCUGUGUCUGAGAGUGAGUCCCAGAGGUUCCCUAAGCCUGGAUUGGAAACAACCAUUAACUACUCUGUGGACAUGGGCCACAGUGAUCCCACAUGAUGUCCUUCCCCAUAAGCCACACCGAGUGCUCCAUUCCCAGCUCCUCCUCCUCCUCCUUUGGAUUGACUUUCUGCUCAACUGGCCCCUGCCCUGAGUAAGAGUCAGGAUGGGCUGAAUCCCGAUGAGAAGUUCUGCUGACACUCUCAGGGGAGCCAAUGAGAGAAAUAUGUUUAAAUAAAUAUGUUCAUUUCUCAUCCUGA